AUGUCACACCAUUCAGAUGAAGAGGAAGGAUUCGCAGGCGAUCUUUUCGGGGAAGAGGAGCAAGAAAUAAAAGAACCAGAACCCACUUCUGAAGUCUACACUCGCAAUAAGAAUUACAUCGAAGAUGAAAUCUCUUCAUUGUCGAUUCGCCUUGUAGGCUCGCAUCCUCUCUGGGCACAUCAUUUGUGGAAUGCCUCCAAAGUGUUUGCUACCUUUGUUGAUCAACACAAGGAUUUGUGUCGUAACAAGUAUGUACUAGAGCUUGGUGCUGGUGGAGCCCUACCUAGUUUAAUGGCAGCAAUCAAUCAAGCGGCAAAGGUUGUGGUGACAGAUUAUCCUGACUCAGAACUGAUUGAUAACAUACAAUACAACGUGAACCACAAUUUGGGAAAGCUUGCAAAAAAUGUUGUAGUAGAGGGUUAUAUUUGGGGUACAUCGACGACAAAGCUGAAGAGUCAUCUCCCAAGUGAACAGACAACAUAUGACGUUAUUAUUCUUAGUGAUCUUGUCUUCAACCACUCUCAGCAUCACGCAUUAUUAAGAACAUGCAAGGAGUUAUUGACGCCAAAGACUGGAAGAGUUUAUGUGUUCUACACUCACCACAGACCACAUCUGGCUCACCGUGAUUUACAGUUCUUUGAGAUUGCUCAAAAACCGAUUUUGGAAGAUGUUGAUCCUGAGGAUAGAGACUUGAUUGGAUAUGGAUUCAAGGCAGAUCAUUUUAUGAAAGAAAAAAUGGAUGUUAUGUUUGUUGAGGAUCCUGGAGAUGAAGAAGUCCGAGCUACUAUUCACGGUUGGCAAUUGUGGCUUCCAUAGAGCAUCAACUUCUAGAUCAAAAAGUAAACAAUUAUAUUACAUAUUAAUAUAUACUUUAAUAUAAAUAUUGCUUGUUUAACAAAAGUAUUGUGGUUUUUCUAGCAUAUCUUUAAACCCCAAUAGGAUUUCAAAGUUUAUUGGCUC